AGGAGAAAGCCAGAGGGAGAGAAAACCAGAUCUCAAAGUCCUCACGCACCCUCUGUGCUUCUCUGUCAGCCUCAAACAGAUGGAGACGAUGCUGACCUUUGCCCUCGUACUGUGCGUUCUCGUGCCACUCGCACGCGGACUGCCUCCAGGCUUCCAGGUGCGUCUGGUGGGCGGUUCAGGAGCGCACGAGGGCCGCGUGGAGGUGUUUUAUAAUGGCGCGUGGGGCUCAGUGUGCGAUGACGAAGUGGAUAUCAACCUGGCUAAUGUGGUCUGUCGAGAACUCGGUUACAGACAAGGUCUAACGUGGGCACACAGUGCCAGAUUUGGACAGGGUCGAGGGCCAAUUUGGUUGGAUAAUGUGGUGUGCAAAGGCACAGAGAAUUCACUUUCUGACUGUCGCUCUAAUGGCUGGGGUAUAAAUGAUUGCACCCAUGCUGAGGAUCUUGGGGUUGUGUGUACCCAAGAGGGUCCACGCCAGGGCCAUGUACCCCGUUACAGCGAACCCACACAGCCUGCCAUUGCUCAGUCUCGCUCACCAGAUAGCAGGUACAACAGACGAGGCCAUGAGAUUGCCUUGAACAGAAACUCUGUCCGGAGCUCUCCAGCCUCCUCACCACAACUGCAAGGCCAUCAAAUCCAAUUGCGCAGGAAUGGCUAUGAUAAUGCAGCCUCACGCAGGCAAGAAAAUUCUGUGCCACAAGGGCAUGAGCUGCCCAAUUAUCUACGCAGUGGAGCAUCAUACAGACGCAAUCAGGACCGUCAAUCCAGACCGAUGGCCCAGUCUUCUGGCCCUGGAAGGUCGGGAGCUUUACAGCCAGAUCUGGUGCCCAGGUCUGAACAGUCAGAUCCCUAUGGAGAACAUGACAACAGAAUGAACACUGAUUUCACAAAUACAGUGGAACAGAGUGCAGGAAGAGGGAGUAUGGAAGAAGUUCGACUUCGCCCGGUUUUGCCUGGCACUCGGGGUACUGCAAUGGUAACAGAAGGGGUGCUUGAAGUGAAGCAUGCUGGGAGAUGGAGACACGUGUGUAACCUUGGCUGGAAUCUGAGUAGCAGUAGAGUGGUGUGUGGAAUGCUGGGAUAUCCAAAAGCAGAGCAGCACGAUGAGCGCUUGUACAGGAAACAGUGGGAAUCCAAGAUGGCAGAUCCGGCCGCACGGUCUACAGCCAGUAAGAAAGGUUACUGGGUGGAGAAGGUGAAGUGCUCAGGAACUGAGAACUCCUUGGCACAAUGCCAGACUCAGCUGUCUUUCGCACGUACUGAAGUGCCAUGUAAUGGUGGAAUGCAUACUGUGGUGCGCUGUGUUCCUGGUCCACAGUUCUCCCGCCUGUCUGCCUCUGGCCAGCCUCAAGCUCCACCCUCCUCCCAGACAGUGCGUCUGAAAGCAGGUCCAAGGCUUGGAGAGGGACGUGUGGAGGUGCUGAAAGAGGGAAAAUGGGGGACGGUGUGUGAUCACCUAUGGGACCUGACAGCUGCCAGCGUAGUGUGUAGGGAGCUGGGUUUCGGCACUGCCAAAGAGGCCCUGAGAGGUGCAUACUUGGGCCAAGGUACGGGUCCUAUCCAUAUGAACUCUGUGCAAUGUACAGGCCAUGAGAGAUCCAUAAGGCAGUGUAAGUAUCAGGAGGUUCCACUGUACACCUACAAACACAACCAGGAUGUUUCUGUUCGCUGCAACGUUCCCAGAACUGGCCUGUCAGCUACGAUCCGUUUGGUAGGAGGGAGAGAUGCCUUGGAAGGAAGGGUGGAGGUGCUGAUAGAUGGGCGCUGGGGGACAGUGUGCAGUGAAAACUGGGGCAUUAAUGAGGCCAUGGUGGUCUGCAGACAGCUUGGCAUGGGCUUUGCAUCCUCAGCUCACCAGGAGACUACGUACUGGUCUGGGAACCCAGAUGCAGAGGUGGUUGUACUCAGUGGGACUCACUGUAUUGGGACAGAGAUGUCCAUCCAGCAGUGUAGGAGGAACGGAUAUGUGUACUGCCCUCGUGGGGGCGGAGUCAAAGCAGCCGGAGUAACCUGUGCUGAGACGGCACCAGACUUGGUGUUGGACUCUCAGCUGGUUCAGGAGUCGGCAUACCUGGAGGACCGUCCUCUUCACCUGCUCACCUGUGCCCAUGAGGAGCGCUGCCUCUCGUCCUCGGCCGCCCGCAUGAACUGGCCCUAUGGCCACCGGCGCCUGCUGCGCUUCUCCUCACGGAUCAUGAACAUGGGACGCGCAGACUUCCGGCCGCGGGCCGGACGUGAUGCCUGGGUCUGGCACCAGUGCCACAGACACUACCACAGCAUCGAGGUGUUCACACACUACGACCUCCUGACCAUGAACGGCACAAAGAUCGCAGAGGGACACAAAGCCAGCUUCUGUCUGGAGGACACGUUCUGCCCUGAUGGCAUGCACAAGCGAUAUUCCUGCUAUAACAUGGGGGAUCAGGGCAUUACAGUGGGAUGCUGGGAUACGUAUCGCCAUGACAUUGACUGCCAGUGGAUCGACGUGACUGAUGUCAGGCCUGGAGACUACAUCUUCCAGGUGGAGGUGAACCCCUCGCUGGACAUGGCCGAGUCUGACUUUGAGAACAACGUGAUGCGAUGCAGAUGCAGGUACGACGGCGGGAGAGUCUACCUGUAUGGAUGUCAUACAGGUGAUGCCUACAGCGCAGAGGUCGAGGACCUGUUUGAACAUCAGCGUCAGAUUUCUAACAACUUCCUCUAAUGAAUGGCAGAGGAACAGGGAAAGCAAAAUCUCUCCUUCAUCAUCCUCUCACCCUGCCUCAGGACAGAGGGGAAGGGGAAGGAGAAGGCGGCUAACGCAAACAGAUUACAGGCUGUGGGAUUUCUGGAGAUUUAUUUAAGUUUGAUUGUCAGUCAGGUGAAUAUGUUGAAGUAGGACCCGGUCCAGAAUCCUGGGUAAUUUUAACCUGGGUCAUUUUCCCCUCUGAAUAACCGAUCUGUUUAUAAUCUGGAUGGAGUGUGGUGAGGUAACGAUGUAUAAAUGAACCAAUUAGAUCUCUUAAGAGCAGGAAUUCUGGUAUAACUGAGUAAACAGGAUGUUUAGAUUAAAAUAUUAUCCAAGCAGAAUAGAGUAUAUAGGAUGGAGGUGUAGGAAAAAGGUACAUGAGGCAUCUUUUGCCAUGAUGUUGCCUGAUUAUACACAAGCAAAAAGAACGAUUAUGCAAGUAGAACUGGAACGUUCAGAUGUCCACCCCUGCCAUCGUGUUAUUGUUGCUGUGGCAACAAGUGAAUUUUUUCUUUUUUUUUAGCCUCUAAAAAUAUCCGUUACUUUCUUUAGAUUUAAAGUGCUAUUUGACCACUGGUCUCCACCCUGAGAAAACAACUAAAACAGAUGAUAUUAAAAGCAGUAGUGCUAAUAAAUAAAUCCAGUUUCUGCAUUUUGCUGCAGCUCAAACAUUUUGCUUUUGAACAGAUUUUCCAUCAAAAUGCCUUGGUAUGAUUUUUAAUAUGCCUUGCUUGCGUUCUCUAGAUUUUCCAUGGCCUGACCCCUCCAAAGCUAUACGUUUCUCAAUUUUAUUUUGCAACAGUCAUACUGAACAGUGAUCAUCUCAGUGCAGUGGCAGAAAACGAUCUUUCAGACUUCAUGCAUAACGAAACCACCCCAUAAUUAGUACAGGCUAGUCUAGCAGUGGACAUCUUGGAGCACUUUGUACCUUCAUUCACAACUAAAUAGUGCUUUACUUAGACCUUAGCUGGUAGUUAAGCAAACAAACGACCACUUUACCCUAAAUAAUGUAUCUGAACACAGAGCUGAUAGCUUUACAUUAAAAGAUUUUGUCAUGCAUUUAUGAUAUUUCACAGCCACUCAGUAACGUCUGAUCCCAGAAACAAUCUCUAAGAGACUCCUCAUGGCUGAUUAUAGUUUCAUAGCUUAUGGUGCUUGAUUAGGGAACAAUAUGGAGACACGCAGAAUUAAACCAUAUCCUCAUCCGUGUCGGUGCUAUGUUUGAUCAUUUGAUAAGUAUGUAUGUGCUUCAUCGUCGAUGUAUUGUCAUGUACAGAUUUAUUUGAAAUCAUGAUUUAUAUAUUAUGGUCUGUAAUUUAUGACCUUUUGAUACUUUUGUUAUUGAAAUUUUAUCUAAGUGAAAAAACAGCAGAUCAGUGAAUUAUUUUAGGUGGUUCUUUAACUAAAUACUUGAAAAUAAAACAUAUGUCUAAAUGUA